CGAGCGGACUCGCGCGCGCCUCUCGAUCGAUGUUGACGUGAGGUCGUGUUUAUGUCCCGCGUUGUUUUUGUCUCCCGCGCAAAAACGCGAGAACAGAGUACUCUCGAGUGCGAGGUUAAGAAGGUACGACAGCAUCCCCUGUCCCGGAGCCGAUCGUCGAGCCGCCUUGUCGUUGCACUCCGGAUGAGCGCGGGCGCGCGAUUAUGGCAGCGAUAGAGGUCACAUUUCCGUCAGACGGGUCGCCCGGGAAAAUCCUGAAAUGGAGGGUACGCUGCGACACAAUGGUCGCGGCGGGCAGAAUAUUGCUGUUGUACCAGAAUGCGACGCUGCCCGCCGUCGGGGACGACGAGGAGACCAAGGAGCCCGAGCGGAAGCUGCGGGCCACGAACUUCGGUCGUGUCAAGCAGCUUCUCGCCAAGGAGGGUGACGUCGUCCAACCGGGGCAAGUGAUAGCUCUAUUGGAAGGAUGUACACAUCCCACUGUGAUGAUAGACUUGUGUGCAGAGUGUGGUGCUGACCUGAGGGUACAAGAAACCAGUAAAGAUGGAAACGUGGUUGGAAUAUCUCAAGCCAGUGUGCCUAUGGUACACAGCAUACCGGAGUUAAAAGUGUGUCCAGAAUUAGCAGAGAAAAUUGGGAAGGAGGACGAGCAGCGUCUUUUAAAGGACCGGAAGUUAGUGCUGCUUGUAGAUCUCGAUCAAACAAUUGUUCAUACUACAAAUGAUAAUAUUCCACCUACUUUAAAAGACGUUUUCCAUUUUCAACUGUAUGGGCCGAACUCCCCAUGGUAUCAUACUCGGUUAAGACCGAACACCCGGCAUUUUCUCUCGGAAAUGAGUCGUUUGUAUGAAUUGCACAUUUGUACUUUUGGAGCAAGAGUUUAUGCGCACACUGUUGCGUCAUUGCUAGAUAAAGAUAAAGUCCUGUUCUCCCACAGGAUACUUUCUAGAGACGAAUGUUUCGAUCCAGCAUCCAAAACUGCAAAUCUCAAAGCUUUAUUUCCAUGUGGUGAUGACUUAGUAUGUAUCAUAGAUGAUAGGGAAGACGUAUGGCAGGGAUGUGGAAAUCUGGUUCAAGUAAAACCUUAUCAUUUUUUCCGCCACACUGGAGAUAUUAAUGCACCACCAGGCUUGGAAAAGGCUGAUGUAUCGCGUUCAUCGGAAUUAGCGAAUGAAGAUGAAUCCUGUACAAAUGUUUCGGAAAAUAAAGAUAGCAAAAAUGAUGCAACUCAAUCGUUAAGUGAAGCCAAACAAUCGUUAGACAAUCCCUCUGUGAAAGAAACGAAUCAUGAAGAUGAAAAAGAUGAAAAGACUGAAAACAAUGUGAAAGAUACAAAAAAUGAGACAGAAGAAGAUACCAAAGAGAAUACUGAAAAGGAUAUAGAAUCCAAUGUUGAGUCUAAUACUGAAAAAGAGAAUGAUAAAACAGAUGAAGAAGUAACGAAAAUUGAUAAAGUGGAAACAGAUAAUAAGCAAACGACACCAAAGCAGGAAAAUAAUAUAAUAGAUGAAGAUGACGAUGAUUAUCUAUUAUACUUAGAAGAUAUUCUUCGAAGAAUUCAUACAGAGUUUUAUGCUACACUGGAUCAAGAAAAUACUCGAAAGUCUUUGCGAGAUAUAAUUCCACGAGUGCGAUCUCAAGUUCUAAAAGGAUUAUGCUUGACUUUCAGUGGCUUGAUACCCACUCAUCAAAAGCUUCACCAAAGCCGUGCAUAUAAAGUUGCAAGAGCAUUUGGUGCGGAAGUGACUCAAGAUUUGACAGAGAAGACCACGCAUUUGGUUGCUAUUAGAAAGGGUACAGCAAAGGCAAAUGCAGCUAGAAAAGACGCAAACAUUAAAAUUGUAAAUUCAGAUUGGUUGUGGACGUGCGCCGAACGUUGGGAGCAUGUGGACGAACGCCUGUUUCCUCUCACGUCACAGGCACGCGGAUCGAGAGUACCACCACCGCACUGUAGUAGUCCGGAACGCGUAGAGGACAUAGAAAGUGAUAAUACAAACUCCUUUGCCAAUUCCAUCAACCCAUUAAUGUCAUUUACUCAAGAGGAAAUCGAAAUUAUGGAUAAGGAAGUAGACGAGGACAUGGAAGAUAUGAUUUUUGAAGACGAGGAAGAUGCGGAUGACACGGAAGAUGCGGAUGACACGGAAGAAUAUGGUACACGGACACGCCGUCUGAGUUCUGAUUCUGAAGAUUCUGUGAAUGGAGAUGAUGUAGAUGAACAAUUGGGUGUUUCGAGAAAAAAGAAGAGAAAGAUUUACAAUGGCAAUUCUGAUAAAGGUUCUUCCAAGGAUAACGAUGACAAUCGUGAUAGUGAUGACGAUGACAAUCGUGAUAGUGAUGACGAUGACAAUAACGACAGUGAUGACGACGAUCUUGUUGCACGUUUUAGAAGAGGAGGAGAAUUACCUGACGAUUUGGAUCUAGGCGAUAACUCGCAGGAUUCUGUGGACGAUCUCGAAGAAGAUAAUGAAGAUGACAGAGAAUGGAAUGCAUUAGGUGCUGCACUUGAACGAGAAUUUCUUUCUGAGUGACAUGUAUUUGACUAUUAGUAUUUAACUACUGACUUAAAUUCAAGAUGUUUGGCAUUAUUAUUAUUAAAUUUCAAGUUCGAUAGCCGAACCAGGGUUAUUGAUAAAAAUCAAUGUUACGUUAUUUGUGUACUCUGAUACAAAAUCAGAGUAAAAUCUUGUAAAAAUAUAUGCAAUUUGAAACGAAUAGAUUGAAAUAAUCUAUGAAACAAGAAAAAUGAGUAAAGAUUCUCGAACAAUUGUUCUAUAUUAAAUUUUCAAAUUUUGCACAUAUAUUUAAGCGUCAUGAUCAGUCGUUAGCCUUGCGUGAGAGAUAAAUAUAAGUAACUAUUCUUUAAGAAUAAUUUGUGGAUAGUACAUAGCACUGUGAAUAACACAUGUGCCAUUGAACAUAUUUACGAGAUAUUUUCUCAUGUAAGAAUAUAUCCGCGCAAAACCAAUUUUAUCUUUAUGUAUAUAUAAUAUAUAAAUAUAACUUUAGAGAAUGAAAAAUUUAUUUUCUAAUAUUUUUAGAGCUAUUGCAUGGAACGUUGAUGAUAUUAAGUAAGCUUUUGUAUUGAAAUCCCUGAAUGUAUCAGAGAAUUGAAAAAUAAAAACUUGUAGUACGUCCAUAA